AUGGCGGCAGUUAUGGAGUCAUUGGCAGCAGUUACGGAGCUAACUACUCAUCGAUUAGAGGAUGUUCAAUUUUCAAAGAAGGACUUUGUAACUAACCCAACUUUAUUGGUGCUUCCAAAUUUGGGUAAUAUUCUGGGAAAGCAAAAUGAUUAUGGUUCGGGUCUAGUUUUAAAUAUGGAUUCGGAUUUGACUUUGGUGGCCCAUGAAAAGAAGGCUGCUUCUAUUAAGCCCAUGUCCCAAAAUGUUUCACUAUUGGAUGAUUCUGGAAAACUUGACCCAAAUAUUCCAUUUGAGGAUGUUACAGUGACUAAUUUACUCUUUGAACACCUUGUCGAUGCUUCUCUCGGGUGGAAAAAGGAAAAUCUGUUAGGGUUUUCAAACCCUCUAAAAGAACUCCGGAUUGGUCCAUUCAUGAAGUCAUCUAUGNUGUUGAAUAUAGCACCUCGUCGAUGCUUCUCUCGGGUGGAAAAAGGAAAAUCUGUUAGGGCUUUCAAACCCUCUAAAAGAACUCCGGAUUGGUCCAUUCAUGAAGUCAUCUAUGGUAAGAAGUUGAGUGUCAAGGGCAAGGAUGUUGGGGAUAUUUUAAAAAGGCAAAGGGUGUCAACAAAGAUGAGGAUAGCUUAA